UUUUGUUUAUCAGACAACUAUUUCCUAGCCGUGAAAUUGCCUCUCAAGUACAUGUAUUCAUAUAUGCGUAUGUAAGAAUACACUCAGCUACACGUUAAUGUUUAUCUCUCACGUUUAGUGUGCUUUCAACAGUCAACAAUAGCGAUCGUGUUUCAUAUAUUGAACGUAGCGAAGCUUUCGACAAAUUUUAAGUUAUAUAAUCGUUUGGCUGCUCUUUUUGAUAAAACUUUAAGUAAAACAUAAUCAAGAAAUGGCUUUACGUGUGAUAUGUUUGAUGUCGCGUUUCAAUGCCAUGGGUGUAACGACAGCAUGUCGUUCCAUGUCUAGCAAGGCAAACUCGAAAAACAUUGGUUUCGUCGGGUUAGGUAAUAUGGGCGGACCCAUGGCUUCAAAUUUGAUGAAGAGUGGACAUAAAUUGCAUGUUUUCGAUGUUUCGAAAGAAGCGGCCGGUAAAAUGAAAGCUCAAGGUGCUACUGUAUACGACAAGACCAGUGAUUUGGCCGGCAAAUCAGAUUUUGUUAUUACUAUGCUGCCAAACAACGAUAUUGUCUGGAAAACUUAUGAAGAAAUGACCGCUAAUGGAGUAAAUGAAAAUACGGUAUUCAUCGAUUCGUCCACUAUUGAUCCAAAUGUAGCUCAACAAGUGCAGAAGUUAGUUAAAGCGAAAGGGGGGCGUUUUGUUGAUGCGCCUGUCUCGGGUGGAGUUCCGGGCGCUGUAAAUGCUACAUUGACUUUCAUGGUAGGCGGCACUGAGAGUGAAUACGAAUGCGUUAAAACCAUUUUGGAAGGCAUGGGUAAACGUAUUACACAUUGUGGUUCUUAUGGCAUGGGACAGGCAGCUAAAUUAUGCAAUAACAUGCUUUUGGGCAUAUCUAUGAUCGGAGUUUCUGAGGCCAUGAAUUUGGCCAUACGCCUUGGCUUGGAUCCAAAAACAUUCUCGGACAUUGUGAACUCUUCUACAGGACGCUGCUGGUCCUCUGAAGUAUACAAUCCCGUGCCCGGUAUAACACCUACCGCACCUGCCAAUAAAGGUUACGCUGGGGGAUUUUCCACCGAAUUAAUAACCAAAGAUUUAGGUUUAGCUUCUGGUAUCGCCACAAGUUCGAAUACACCCAUACCAAUGGGGGCAAUGGCUCAUCAAAUAUAUCGCACUCUUAAGUCUCGCGGAUAUGGUUCGAAAGAUUUUUCAGUAAUUUACGAGUUCCUAAAGAAUGAGAAAAACAACUGAAUUCAUUUAUAAAUUAAGUCGUAUGAUAAAAUUUGUUCCCCUUCAUUACAAACACCAGAAAUGCAUUUAUAGCACUGUAAGUUCUUAAAAGAUUUUUAUUUGCGUAAAUAAAAUUCACCUUGAAUAGCAAGCACUUA